UCUCGAGUAAAGGAUUAGAGAGGUCAGCCGCCGAGACGAAUCGUUCUUUCUGUUUUGUGCAGAAAGCUCCGUAGAAUGGAAAGAGGAACGAGCAUUUGCUGAGUGAACCGCUCGGCAGACGUGACUCUCAUUACUCCCUCGUUAGCACCACCGCAUAAUGAAGGCCUUUGCUGCAUUCGGAGGGAAGUACCAUACGUUGGGGACACUUGUAGGGCUCCUGACGUCACUACUCUGGCUGCAUCAACUGUCGGUGGGCAACGUGGACCCAGACGUCGAAAGAAACGUGACGGAGAUAAUCGCAGACAAGGGUUACCUGGUGCAAGAACACACGGUCACCACGCGUGACGGAUACGUGCUGCCCCUGCAGAGGAUCCCUUACGGUCGAGAUGAGCUCCGGUCAUCGUCGUCGUCACCUACCCGUCGUUUCCAUCCACGGCCGCCAGUGAUAGUCAUGCACGCACUUCUUUUCUCCUCCACUGUGUGGGUGGUCAACGGGCCAGACCAGAGCUUGCCCUAUGUGUUGGCCGACGCCGGUUUUGACGUGUGGCUGGGUAACGUGAGGGGAAACAGCCAGUCCAGACACGUCAACUACACGUGGUACCAGAAGGAAAUGUGGGAUUUCAGUCUGGAUGAAAUCGGUGAAUUCGACGUGGCAGACACGAUUGACUUCGUGCUAAAUGUGACUGGUCACAACAAGACUUUCUUCGUCGGGCAUUCCUUGGGCGCAGCAACACUGUUCGGAUUACUCUCCGAAAAACCGGACUACAACAACAAGAUACUGCUGUUUUCGGCUAUGGCACCGGCAAUACGCCUCCACAACAUGACGUCACCAAUUCCUCGCAUUCUGCCCAUAUUGAACGAGCUGGCGGCGUUCGCGGCGCUGUUCGGCAGGUACGACUUCCUCUCCCACGACCGAAUGACCCACUUCAUCGUGACAACCAUAUGCCGCUACCCUGUGACCCGGGCCAUUUGUCCAUGGAUCAUAAAUGUUAUCGCCGGCCAGCAGACUCGACCAAUCAAUGCGACUCGCAUGCCAGUUUUUCUAAAGGACACUCCUGCGGGGACAUCCUACAAGAAUAUGAAGCACAUGGGUCAGGUCUACACAACGAGGCGCUUUGGAAAGUUUGACUACGGAGCACAGCGCAACAUAGAAGUCUACGGGAAGGCGACGCCCCCGGAAUACGACUUCCGGCGCGUGUCGGCGCCUGUGGCCCUGUUUUGGAGCCAAGCGGACGCCCUGGUUUCAGCCGAGCACAUGGCUACCCUGCGUGAGAAGCUGCCCAAUCUGGUGCUCGACUUCCGGGUGGCGGACGAUCGGUUCAGCCACCAGGAGUUCGCCAUCGGAGUCACCGCCAAGGAAGCCGUGUACGAUGACUUGGUGGACAUCAUGAAGCGCUUCUCCGGACAGGGUUAGGAAGUGACGCGCGUUUACGAGCGGCUCGACAAGUAUUAUCCGGAAAAGUUGAUUCACUCGGACAGCGGCCAUCGCUACUCGAGGCGAUUGAUAUCAACACUAACGGGGUUAGAUUGCAAACAUGUCAGAUUCAAGGAGUAAUUUGGCCCGUGGCCAAGGAGUGUCAUGCAAAGGUGCCUUAAGCGGACACUAGAGAUCAAAAUGGGUUGAGCUCUAUUAGUCGACUACCGUUAUAAAAUACCAGAAGAAUCACUACGAUCAUGAGAGGAGGCUUUAUGAGUCGGAAAAGAACAAAAAAAGCAAAAAAGAAAAAGAAGACACAAGUGGCGACGCCGUUUUCGAUUUGUCGCACCAGCCAUGACGUCAUGGAUUUUGGCAGCCUCUUCUCGGCUCUAGUGUUUUUUUUUGUGUUUUUUUUUUAAAUCGGUGAACAUGAACUACAUUGCAUUCUAUAGGAGCGAGAGAGUGAGUUUUAGUUUCUGGAACAGUUUACUGCUCAACAACUGCCCAUAUGCGAGGAAUCGCGUCAAAAGUCAUGACGUCACGCUGACGUAUGGGCGCUGGGGCUUCG